AUGUUCCGCUUCUUGCACAACCUCUCUGCUAGUCGGAGAUUUGUUUCUGCUCUCCGCCGCUUUAAACACACCGGUGUGGUAACAGCUUUUUCUGUAUCUGUUACUUCUUGUGCUUUUUUGUUUCCUGUCGCAACUGAGAGUCACCCCUUUCUAUCUUCAAAUCAGAAACUUGAUUCCUUCGUUCUUUCUCGGUGUCUUCAAUGGCAACUUGAUGCUAACCUGUCGGUGGUUCACCAGUUAUUACGCGAAUAUGAACUGAAUGUACAUCACUUGUCAGAACUGUUGAACAGGCAUGCUGACUUACUCCGUUUGUACUCUACUGAAUCAGAGAACGAUGACCCCACAGUAGCGGAUGAAAUUUUAUCGGUGAGAUCCGAAUGGAACAAUAGACUGAAUCAACUUGAUCAACUGGAACUGGCGCUACAGUCUGGAAUCGGAACUUUGCGCUCUGCAACAGAGACGGUUUUUAUGGCUGAAGACUUACUGAACCGAACCUAUGUUCAUGUACCUGUCGAUAAUCUCCCAGGUCUCCAUUUAUCGGCCCAGGCCAGUCGUACCCUUCAUGCUGCGGAAACUGAACUGACCAGAUUGUCAGGACUUCGUAAAAAAACAUCGGAACAAUGGUUCGUUCUCGUCAGUGAACACAUCAUUAACUGCACACCUAACGAGCAUGACCAAAAAUAG